AGAUAAUAUCCCUUUCCUUAACAUCACUGCUCUUUCCAAAAAAAUCCAUUUUUUGUCACCCUGCUAGCGGUGCUAGACUGCUGGUAGCCUUUUCUCAUCCUCCCUAGUCUCGCUUCCACGGUUCCACACUUCCACCAGUCCUCUACAGCUCUAUCCUGUUUCUAGCAACUAUUCUUGAUUUGGACUAGCGUUAGCCGUUAAGUAUCCCUCUUUAUGAGUAGCUUCUGCCGUAGCCGCUCAUUUAGCAGACUGUUUUUUGAAGAAUGCACUUAACUCAAUAGCUGUGGUUGAUAGCUCUGAUCUUCGAAUGUUCUGUAUGACCUGACUGCAUUAUUAGCAAAAUAUUUACUCAAAUACUACACAACACUACAGCAGGGUUCAAACCCCAAUUCAGUCAGUUUCGCUUCGUCAGUUUCAUCAAUGAACAGAUGGAAUGUGAAUUCUUUUCAGUACAGAUGCUUAAAUCUCGCUGGACUUCAAGACGGUCCGUUAAGGCCUUUUCACCCACACCCCAAAUGCGUCUGAUAAGAUGCCUCUAUGAUCCUAAGCAUUAUUUUCCAUCCAUUGAAUGUUUUGCUUGCUCCUACACUACUCUUCAUGCUUCGGAAACAGAAACCACCCGAAAGAGUUUGCCAUUUAAAGAUUUGAAAAUUCUGAAAUUGCAAGCCCCCAGCACGUUUAGGAGUUCUACCGGAAAAAUGUGCUCGGGAAAUAGUGUGUUUGUGCCAUUGGGAGUUCAUGUGGACCAAGGAACUCAAGGUAUUAAAAAGGUUAGUGAAAGUAGAAUGAGAGUGCUGAACUGGUAUUCAGAAGUGUUCCGAGGUUAUGCAGAAAAGAUGUUCUUAAAAGAAGGAAAAGUGCUUCAUGGGGAGCUGGUUAGAAAUUUAAUUGACCUAGAUGCACAUGUGCUUGUUUCCUUGAUCAAUUUUUAUGCGAAAUGUGGAGAUCUGAAUUCUGCACGCAAAGUGUUCGAUCAGAUGCCUGUGAAGGAUGUUGUAUCAUGGACAGCACUAAUCUCUGGAUAUCUACCUGAACGUAAUCAUAUUCAAAUUGUUAGGUUAUUUUGUGAGAUGCGGACGGAAGGUGUAAUCCCUAAUGGGUUUACAUUGUCCACAGUUCUGAAGGGUUGUUCUAUGUGCUUGAAUUUAGAGAUUGGGAAACAGUUGCAUGCUAAUGUAGUAAAACUUGUCAACUCAGAUGUUUAUUGUAGUUCUGCGCUUAUUGAUUUCUAUGCUAAAUGUCAUGAGAUAGAAGAUGCGAAAAAAGUAUUCCUUCAUAUGCCAGAACCAAAUUUAGUGUCUUGGAAUGCUUUGCUUAAUGGGUAUGCACAAGAAGGCGAUGGGAAAGAGGUCUUAAGAUUGUUUUGUUGUUUGUCUGAGUCAGAAUUCAGGUUAAACAAUUACACAUUAAGCACUGUUCUAAAGAGUUGUGCUAACGAGGGCAAUUUGGGAGCUGGCCAAGUAGUUCAUUCAGUGGCAAUAAAGAUUGGAAGUGAACUUGAUGACUAUAUAAGCACUAGUCUAGUAGAUAUGUAUUCCAAGUGCCGACUACCUGAGGAUUCUCUUAAAGUAUUUAAGAGAAUAAGAAGUCCUGAUGUUGUCUCGUGGAGUACAAUGAUAUGUAGUCUUGAUCAACAUGGAUAUAAAAAAGAAGCAGUCUCUGUUUUUCAAAUGAUGAUGCAUUCUGGCAUGAGACCUAAUCAGUUUACUCUUGCAAGUGUGAUUAGUGCAUCUGCUGAUUUAGGUGAUCUGUUUUUUUGCAAAAGCAUCCAUGCUUGUGUUUUGAAAUUUCGACUUGACUCUGAGAAUUUGGUGAGCAACACUCUUAUCUCAAUGUACAUGAAUUUUGGAUUAAAUAAUGAUGGCUACAAAGUUUUUUGCUCUAUGAAUUCAAGGGAUGUUAUUACUUGGAAUGGGCUUUUAUUGGGAUUUCACGCUGAUGAAACAUCACAUGAGGGGCUGAAGAUUUUCAGUCAGAUGCUUAUUGAGGGAUUCAAGCCAAAUCUGUACACAUUUAUAAGCAUUCUGAGGUCUUGUUCCAGCCUGUCAAACAUUGGUUUUGGGAAACAAGUACAUGCUCAUGUGAUUAAGGAGAACUUGAGCGGAGAUUGCUAUGUAGGAACUGCUCUGAUUGACAUGUAUUCUAAAUGUGGGUACCUGAAUGAUGUUGAAGUUAUUUUCGCUAGGUUGACUCAGAAAGACGUAUUCACAUGGACGGUGAUGACUUCAGGCUAUGCACAAAGUGAUCAAGGAGAAAAGGCCUUUGAAUGCUUAAGUCAGAUGUUGAAGGAAGAUGUCAAGCCAAAUGAAUUUACUCUUGCAAGCUGUGUGAGUGGCUGUUCACGUAUAGCAAGCCUUAGUAAUGGAAGGCAGCUGCAUUGCUUAGCAGUUAAAUCUGGGCAUUUCAGUGACUUGUUUGUGGCCAGUGCAUUGGCUGAUAUGUAUGGUAAAUGUGGGUGCAUUGCUGAUGCUGAGACUCUGUUUGAGGGCAUUGAGUCAUAUGAUACUGUGUUGUGGAACACAAUUAUAUGCUCAUACUCUCAGCAUGGGAUGGGCAAAAAAGCCCUACAAGCUUUCAGGAGGAUGUUGGAUGAAGGUAUUUUGCCUGAUGCAACUACUUUCAUUGGCGUUCUUUCUGCAUGUAGCCACUUGGGCUUGGUUGAUGAUGGGAGAAAACACUUUGAGUCAAUAACCAACACAUAUGGAAUCAUUCCUUCUCCCGAGCAUUAUGCUUGUAUGGUUGAUAUCCUUGGUCGAGCCGGAAGAUUUGAUGAGGUGGAAAAGUUCAUUCAGCACAUGGAGCUGACACCAGAUGCAUUAAUAUGGGAAACUGUUCUUGGUGCUUGUAUGAUUCAUGGAAAUGUUGAAUUGGGAGAAAUGGCAGCGAAGUUUUUAUUUGAACAUGAACCUAAAGUGGAUUCGAGUUACAUAUUGCUGUCCAAUAUAUAUGCCGCAAAGGGGAGGUGGAAGGAUGUGGCCAAGAUGAGAGAGUUUAUGUCCGAUCAGGGGGUUAAAAAGGAACCUGGCUGUAGCUGGGUUGAAGUUGACACUCAAAUCCAUGUCUUUCUAUCUCAGGAUGCCUCACAUCCAAGAAUAAGCGAUAUACAUGCAAAACUGGAUGAGCUCUGUUUACAACUUAAUUCAGCAGGCUAUAUUCCAAACAAGGAUCAUUCACUUCAUAAUGUACAAGAUCAGGAAAAAAGAGUAAACCUCCUUCAUCAUAGUGAAAGGCUGGCUCUAGCUUUUGCACUCAUAAGUAAUACUACAAACCAUACCAUAAUAAUCUUCAAAAAUCUUCGGAUAUGUGGAGAUUGCCAUCAAUUCAUGAAGUUGUCGUCAUUAAUAACGCAUCGAAAAAUAGUUAUUCGCGAUGUUAAUCAUUUUCACCACUUCUGUGAUGGAACGUGUUCCUGUAAUGAUUAUUGGUGACAUGAUCUUGACCAGCUAGCCUAUUGUUCUCAUCUCUACCAGGCUUCAUUGAUAUUAUUAUUCCUAGAUCAUGAACUAAAUAUCCCGAGACUACUAUUUACAUUCAACUCACUAUUGGGUAUAGCGCUUCUUAACUUUGGAAGUGCAAUGUUUAGUUCAGAUGAUUUUCUUCGCCAGUAGAGAUCCAAAGAUCUUGAUCCAGUGCGAAUAGCUGAUUGAUGAGAUUUCUAUCAUCCCCUGAACUGUUCAGUCCCUGGACGAGGUCGCAGAUAUGCGUUCGUAACACAACUUUAUUGGGAAUACCUUUUCAGCUGGGAAACUCUACAAUGCUGAAGUCCUUGGUAAUUAUUUGAGUGGACACAACACAUUCCUGAUGGAGUAGGAAACCUUCUUGAUCUUGGAAACAUGUAAGAUUCUUUUCCCCAUGUCAGUUUCUUGGUACUUUCAUCAGUUUAUGUUCACCUAUGCUGGAUUUAACAAUUAGCAUCCACGUUUUGGAGACUUUAACAAACUGUGUCCUUCUUGGGACAAGGAUACCUAGUAUCAACAAAAGAUUUAUCUUCCUUUUUUCUUUUAACUUUUUAAAAAGAGAUUGGUAUCAACUAUCAAGUGCUCCACUGCUCCAAACCAGAUGUAAGUUUGAGGACGUCCUCAUGUAUCUUUCACCAUUUAAUGAUAAGGUAAAAAAUGGAAAAUAAAGUCAUAAAACAUGAUAUUCCUAUUUUUUUAAUCUACUUGUUUAAAAAGUUGAAAAUUAUAUCACCGAGUCUAACUAUGAAACAUAUUUAACUUGUUCAAAAGAACCAUACUGGAAAUGUUAAUUACUUUAUAUUAGAUUCAUAAAACCACCAAUGUGUUAUGAGCACUCAUUAGUUUUUUUAUUUCUUAAAACAUACGAGUAGAUAACAAUGAAGGUCCAAACCCAAAUUACCUGAUGUGAAAUGCUUUAAAUAUUUUUAGAAUACAACAAGACUCACAAGAACGUAACUCGCUUUGAUUUUGGGUCACAUGGGUCAGACCGUCAGGUUCUUAGGGUCUCCACUGGAGAAGAACAUCAUCUAAGCUAAAUAUAUGGCACUAAUGGCAGUACUAAAGUUAACAAAUGCUUGACUUGCAAGGCUUCAACACAUCUGGUUUCUACAUUAAGCUUCCAUGAAGUAAUGAUAUAGUGUUGAUAAUAAGCAGUGUUUUAAUCCAAAGAAGUUGAAAAGAGACAGCCGAGAGUUUUCCUUACAGGUAACUAGUAAUCCCUCAGUCUCAAAUUGUAAGAUACAUUUACUAUUCACUUGGUCAACAUAAAUCACUCUUAAUCUUUUACUUUAUAUGUCAAAAGUUUAUGAAAUUUGAAUUAUUUUUUGCUGUUUUUGUAGCAGUUUUAGUAUAGUUUCUGAAUACGUAAUUUUUAUUUUCUAUAACUAAUUUGAGUGUUCACAGGGAUCAAUUUGCUUUAUUAUCGGUCAAACAUCGUAAACCGUAAAGUAUCUUACAAAUUGGGACGGAGGGAGUAUAUCCUAAUAAUCCCUAUUCAGUACGUUUAUUACUAAGGGUAUGUUUUCAAAAAAUUAAAAAAAUAGUGAUUUUCAGCUUUUGGCUCAAAAAAGCUGAAAAGAGUGUUUCAAGCGACAACUUCUGCUUAUAUUAAACACCUAAAAGCUAGAAGCUAGAAUCUGCUUUUUGCUUUUUCUAUUACACAAAAAGCACAUUUUUUACCAAACACUCACAACUUUUACUUUUCAAAAUCAAUAUUUUCUCAAACACUAGCAACUUUUACUAUUAAGCACUUUUUCCAAAAUCACUUUAAAGAGUGAUUUUUUUAAAGCAAAAGCGAUUGCAAACACUCCCUAAGAAAAAAACAACAAACUGAGAAGAACCGUAGAUAUUUAAUGGGGAAAUCCAUGUAUGAACUCCUAAGAAUUUGUAUAUUCUCACUGAGUACUCACAACUCUGGAGGUGGCCGUGCUGGUUAGCACUCUCACUCGGCCCAUUCUGUUUUUUCAAGUUUCUUGCCGAGUAAUCGGCAAGUUUGUAGGCAACCACUAAAUGUGUUUUUUUGGGUUAAAUCUGAAAAGUUUAAAAUUCAGCGGAAUAUUAUGGAAUUUAUAAAUAAUGAGUGGGUAUUUUAAAAAUUGGAAAAAUAACAUUACAAAGUUAGUCUAGGUUUAAAAUUAUUUCAUGGAUCGGCACAUUCAAGUUAGAUGAUUGAUUUUCUUGGAAACAUAGAAUGCUUAUGAUUUUUGCUACUUCAUCAUCAUCAUCAUCAUCAUCAUCAUCAUCAUCAUCAUCAUUAUUAUUAUUAUUUUCUUCAUAUAUAAAAUUGUAAGACUAAUAUUUUGCCAGAAUUUCAGGCAUCUAUAUUUUUAAAUUUAACUAAUACAUGGCCGAGUAAUCAUUUUGUAAUCCUGAGUACCCGGUCCUACUCGCUACUUGGCCUUUGUAAGAAGGUUGCGGCAAGAAUGGCAUUCAGCAUAAAAUACUGUCACUGUUUGUAUGCAUGAACUUAUAGUCCUUAUUUAUUUGUACAAUUAAUUGACACUUAAGUUAAUAACACAGAUUCUAAUUAGUUGGGGUGUUUGAAAUUGCCUAACUUGUAUGUCUGAAGUUCCCUAACUUCUAUAUUUGAAGUUUCCUAACUUCUAUAUUUGAAGUUUCCUUUGCCAACUCAAAGGCCAUAGUUAGUUCAAUAUAUGCGGUAAGAAUCCUAUAUACCUAAAGGGAGAAUCCUCCCUCCCAAACAUUCCCGCUUCUCUCUCCCCAAGUAUUCAUAUGUUUCAAUCCUUCAUAUUCCAUGUCUUUCACACUAGACAAAAACUCACCUUCAUCUCAGCUGAUCCUUCGAUUUCUCCCUUCUUUCACGCUGGACGAAAAUUGCGCAGUUAACGCAUCACAAAUCUGCGAUCUUCUAUGUAAAAUCAGCGAGUGCUAUAAAUUCAUACUUAUUCAAAACUGAAUCACAUUUUAUGUAUCUAAUAUCUCAUUUCCAUUCCAGCUCAAUUUUUCUUUCUAUAUUUAGUUUUCUUUUCUGCUAUAAUUUUUUCUAUCAACCACUGUCUUCCCCCACCCUCUGACCUUCGAAGCAGCGGCUUCAUCCCACAAUGCCGAUAGUUGUUAAAAACCGGGACUUUACUUCAGACAGUUGUUCAUGGCCUCUGAUUAUCAUUGCAGCUGCUAAAAGAAACAGGGUCAUCACUUGCUGCCUUUCUCACAUAGCCGCUCACAGCAAUUUUAGGAAUUCAACUGACCCCUGCAGCCUUGUAGCAGUGAAGGAAGAAUUCGGGUGAUUCCACACACCGAUUCAUGUUCUCGCAGCAAGAGAAGCAGGUCCACAAUCAUACGGAGAAGAAGAACACAAACUUUUAUUGUGGGGUCUAAAAGUUCCUUUUGUACUGUAGCUACUCUAUCAUACUUCUACGGAAAAGAACUACGCAGUAGUAACUAAAAGGGCUUUAUUGGAACAAAUAUUACUUUAUUGGUGUUUCUUAAUAUGUGUGCCCCACCUCAUGUUGCAAGAUUUCUAGAACGGAGGACGUAUAUAGGUUGAAAAUUUCCAAUAUUGUCUUUAUAGCUUAUAAUUUUUUCAACUUUUGCUGAAUAAGUCCAAUACGAGAAGAUAAAAUUCACUCAUUUCCUCAAUGAGAGGGUGUAUACAAGAUGGUGAGUGCUUUGCAAGUGGCAGGAAAGUGUUUCUGGACACAUGGUUCCUAAAAUCUUGGAGGAUCGUUAAGUGUAGUUACUCCUAUUAUCAUCUUCUUUUGUUGAUUUUUACACCCUACCCUUUUUAUGUUGAGUUAUCGAACCGACUGAUACAUAAAUGUAUGGUCUAAUUCAACCCUAAAAGAGCAUUCUUGAAUGCACAGAUAGGGUAGGUAAAGUAGUUAAUGUUUAUAAAAGUUCAUAUAAUGAUAUUGAAUUUUUAUGUUCAAUCGUAAUGUGCAUACUUAGUGUACUUCAAUUUCAGUUAAAGGAAGCUCUGCCUAGAACUGAAAUAUAAUUUUCUCUUGCCUUGAAUUUAAGUUUGAGAAUAUCCUAUCCAAGUGUGUUUAGCUGUUUUUAUGAUACAUCAAUGCUCUGCAAAAUUUCAGUGUUAUCGGUUAUAGACUAUAGUAGUGCUUGAAGGCCCAAGCUCUCUGGUUCUAGGAGCAAUCCAAGCUAGAAUAGCACCACAAAGAUUUUUUUCAGGGAAAUUGCCCUAAAUGGGAGUAAAUGAGGUUGGAAUUCCAAAAUAGGACUACUAUGUUUUUCUUCCCGAAAUAGGACUUGUUACUGACAUGUAUGAAAAAUACGGUCAUGUUAAAUGCACUGUACUGCAACUAUUUGACAGUCACGCCUACAAGAUGACAGUAAAUACUGUCAUGUUAGUCCUAUUUCGGAAUAAAAACAUAGUAGUCCUAUUUUGGAAUUCUAAACUCCAUUUACUCCUAUUUUGGGAAAUCUCCCUUUUUUUCACUAUGAAUUUAAGAGUGAGCAGUUAUGGCAAACAUGAGCUAGGAUAGUGUCUUUAAGUAUGUUUGUAUGCAUGUGAAUUUCAGCAGAAAAGUUAUCGUUGACAUUAAUAAGGUAAAGCUUGUAUGCAUGUGCGUUUGAAGACCAACUGAAAAAGAACUUUGUGCAUGAAUAUAACAUUUCAUAAGGAAUGUCAUUAGAAAAAUCACAGGACAUUGCCCACAUCUGUAUAAAAGGGCAUCACAUCUAACUUGGGGAUCACAAGUUCACAAAAAAUAUUCCAUGUAAAUGUAGUUUACAAAAAGCAUGAACUCGCUUCUAACGAGUAUAAUUUUAAGCACUUAAAGAGUUGAUUGAGAGGAUAUACAUAUUUGUGACUCAUAAUCAAUUGCUGCAUCAUAUUGCAUUUCAAUCUAUAAGACACAAGUUGUUCUGUGAACAGAAAUGAAGUAAGCAUGAUCUCCACUAUGCUUUGGUCAAUGCUUAUCACUUUUAGUCUGCAAGAAUCAGAUGCACAUACCAUUCUCUAUGCCAUAUUUCCAAAUGCUUAUCAAAUCACUUAACUGCACUUAUUUACUAUCUUCAAUGUUUCUUAUUUAUUUCCCUAUUGGUUCUUAUUUUCCAGGUUCCUCAAUUGCUUCAUUAGUUACUCUUAGUCUGCUAGGAGGUACUAUAGAGUUGAUGGAGGGUGAUUCGUUUUAUUAAGACUACAUAUUUCCACUUUACAUGUGAAAGAAUGACUCGGUUCUUUUAUUUAUUUUUUACACAUCAACUAUCAAGUGACAUUUCUGUAGUUUUUAUGCAUAUAUUUUGAUGCGUAUGUUUCUACAUGCUGCAAACUAUGUUUCUGGAGGCACUGCAAAAUCAACUAUACUUUUAUAUUUGGUUUCAAGCAAGGGAAAGAGCUGGGCACGGGGAAGUCUUUCUCCGGAUCCUUUGCAAUGGUCUAGCGAUGCAUGUCCAUGACACCUUAUAGGAACUGAAAGCAAACCAGUCCCUAAGCUCAUUUGGCAGAGGAGGUGAUAAGGGAAGGAGCAAAGUUUGUUGGAAGACUGAUCCAAGUGGGAGACGGGAGUGCUAAGGCAGGCUCCUGUUUGUUAAUGCCUUUGAUAAUGAAGGAAAGUGCCUCAAAAGUGAGGCAACUUUGCACUGGAGCCUGUGGUUCACCUGAGAAAAAUCAAACCAGCCAGUGUGUGAAAGAGGUUUUAGAUAGAAAAGGUUCUGCUGGUUGUUCUCUUGCCACAUAACUUAAGCUGAAAUGUAUGUAGCUAAGAGCUGAAAGCUAGAAAAGUUUGGUAAAAUAUAUCAAAAGACAUUGAUUAUAGGCACAUGAAGCGUCUUACUUAUGCAAGAGUAUGAUAAUUAGACUUAAAUAUUUUGCAAACCAAAAUGGCAUUUUUAUUUAACUCCUUUAGUGGACCACAUUCAGGUACAAGGGAUUGUAUGAUUUGUAUCAUGGUGUUUAUUUACUAAUAGAGUACAAAUAUGUUUGUUGAUAAUUACAAA